GGCUGCCAUCACCACAUCAACGUGCGAGCAUCCCAGCUUCCCCUUUCUGAAUAAAAGCACACCUCUCCUCUUCUUGGUGGUGUGAAAAAAGCAUCGGAAAACCAAAGCGGGAACUGGCGGAGCGCGUGGAGAGCCCCAACCUCCCCGUAACCCCGUUCCCAUCACCCGCCUCACGGCUUUCCAACAUCUGGGACCGGAGGGAUGGCUUUGAAGCGAAGCAUGAGCAAGAGGAGCCCUGAAAUCAACCGCUCGCACCCACACUCCCGUGACCUUGUGGUUUUACUACAGCUUUCGUUUCCAGACGCCGGUUCUCCCUAGCGCUUGCUGCAUUUCUACGACGUCUUGGCAGUUUGCUUUCGCCCUGGAGACAGAGCCGAGCGCGAGGUUGCUUAGCAUGGCUCGGCGGGGAGGGAAGCAACAAGGCUACGAUUAAAGAAUUAAACUAGAGAUGACGGAAGAGCCCCAGCCAUGCUUCCACCUAGACAAAGCCUACGUGAUGCGUGCUGCUUCAUGCCAGCCCUUCGGAACGCACGCCGCUCGAGAGGAAAAUGGGAAUUUCGGCGUGGCCGCAGGUGUCUCUAUCGCUCACUUCGGGCAGCGUUUCGAGGCAGAAAACCCCGGGGCCGGCGGAAAGCAGCCCGGCCCGGGGGAGCCCGCAGCGCUGCUGGGCGGGGGCGCGGCUCCCCCCGCGGCAGAUGCCCGAAGCCCCCCGGGGGGGACGGCUCGCCGCAGCCCGCUCUCCGCUCCCGCAUUCCCGAGUAAGGGGAGGCGCCCCCAGCGUCGCCAUCGGCCCCAUCGCCUCGCCUCAAGUCUAUCAACCAUCUGAAAAAUGAGAAAGCUUUACCUGGCACUUUGCAGUGGGAGCAUGCAGACCGUGUUUUAACACCUGAGAGCACACGAACCGACGUACAGAUGCUGUUCUGCAGCGUUUAAAGAAAAAUCUCAUGUUAAACUGGGCGGCCCCAAACCAACGAGAUUUCGAGCCAAGGCUACAAGAGGACGACUGUGUGGCCUUUUGUUUUGUUUUUGGUGUGUGUGUGUUCUGUUUAACAAAACGCUUAAGUGGAGAAAGCCUUUCUGCCAAGUGUAUGCUUGGCUUUUUUUUUUUUUGCCAGUGCCCAGCUCAGAGAGCUAACGUGUUUCCCUCUGAGUUUGCAGGAGAGCCGUUACCUCUGUGCUUUGGAAAUAGUCACAAUAGCGCACAGCUGUUUUCACUGGGGUCGACUUCCACCACGCUGUAAUGACAGUUCAAGCCAGACCAAAAAUCCUCGCACAGGAUGUAAUCAACCUCAAAUCUGGAGAGAAACAUUGAGAAACUGCCUCCGUGCGCCAAGAAAAACAGCAGCCGUUUACAACAUGCUUUUCCUAAUGUCCACUCAGCUCCACGCACACGUCAAACUGGACGUCUCAAAGCGAAAGUAGGGCAGACCGGAGGAGAAAAGCCCCUUGACUAUUGUGAAGGAUUUUCCAAGCAGUAACGCGGCAGGGCUCAGGCACCGGGAGCCACCUCUGACCUCUCCUACCCCUGCAUUGAAGCUGUGGCAUGGGGUGUCCUGAAAGCCCACAUCACGAGUGAUAAAAUGUUUGUUUUCCAAGAAGCCUUUUUUCUUGCCUCUUUCAGACACUUGGAAAGUUUCUGUCCCUCCAGCAACAAAGCUGCUACACGUCACGUUCCUCGCUCCGAGCUUAACUGCUAUGCUGCUACAGGAGCCAGCCCACAGCACCAGAUUUACGGGUUUUCUCAGGAUGCCGCGUUAACCAAAACCCGAAUUAUUCCCCAGAAACGCUUGAAUCCAUUUUCACUUACCCCAGCUGAGUCUCAGCAGUUGUGGAUACAGCAGAAUGGAAAAAAGCCCUCAUAUGAUAGUGUCUCUAUAUUUACCAGAAGGAAAGGAGCUGGGGUACUUGUCCUUUAAGUGUCUCUAAAGAUGGUUUGCAUAGCUGGAUCUCAGCUUAUCUAUGCUUUUCUGCUUUUGCUUCCAUACAUGGAUCUGUUCCCAACAGUAACUUCAAGCUGUCGAAAAGAAGCUAUCUGGCAGCUUUCAGUUUCACCUGGCACAUCAGUGAGCAGAAAUAAAUAAAUAACAGUCUUUCCUGAUAGAUCCCCUAUUUGAUUUGUACCCCUCUUUGUUUCUUCCUUCUUUCUUCCUACCUCCCUUCCUUUACUUCCCUUUAUUUACCUCCCUUCCUCCUCUCCUUCCUUUCUCCCCUCCUUCCUUCCUUCCCCUCUUUUCUCUCUUCUUUUUCUUUUUUCUCUCUUUUUUUUUCUCCCCAGAUUAAAUUUUUUGCUAUUAUUUCCAAAGUGAUUCCUAAGUGGGGGCAAAUGGAAACAACCAAAACUGAUUUUUCUUCACUCUUUCCUGCAAGCUCAUGCACUUUAUUCUCAGAAAUAUCUUUUUGUUGCUGUUGUUUCUUUGCUUUGCUUGUAGGUCAGGGUUUUGAAUGUUUAUUACUUGGAAGCAUUUCAAUGCAAUAUACAUCAUGUCUGCAGCAAGGGAAGGUUAAGAGUCAAAUUUUUUGGAGAGAGAGAUUAUGGAAGAGCCACGUGACUGCUCCCAGAUUAGCAGCAGUAGCAGGAGGAAGCAUUCCUCUGAUAAUACAGUAACCACUAUGGGACGUGCCUGAAGCACCAAAGACUGGAAGCUGUUGUUUGGAAGCUUCUUGCAGAUGCGUUAUGAUUAAAUUAAUCCUCGUCCUCCUUCCCACCCCUCCAACCUCACCAGGUUUCUGUUUCACAAAGGGCUGAUACUGGACAAAACAGUCUUUUUAACAUGGGGAAUACCAUGCCACAGGUCAGAAAACCAGUCAUAGAAGGGCUGCUCUGAAAGUAAUGCUUCUUAUUUCAUUAUGUUGGCCCACAGCAUCAGAGGCAGAUGUUGGUGGUAUGGCAGUAGAGGCUGAACCUUCCCACCAGUAUCCCAUUAAAUUUUGUUGCCAUGUGACAGAUGGCAGCAGAGGGACAGUCUGACACAAUGGCGUCUGACGUGGAAGUGUGUAUGGAGCAAAGGUGUGGAACUGAAUUCCUCAAUGAGAAAAAAACAGCACCCGCUGACAUUCAUCAGUGCUCGCUUGAGAUUUUUCCUAAAUAUCUGUUAAACACGUGGCAAAAUAAAAGUCUUUUAAGCUCUCACUAGCUCCAGCCCUA